GCAGGAAGCGUCCCCAGCGUGAGCCAAUGCAGCCCUGCGACUCCCCGGGAGGAGCGCCCCUGACCCGAUGAGCCCCCGCGGUGCGUCUCCAGCUGUCCCCGAGCGGCAGUGGGGCCGGGAGCCUGGCGCCGACGAUCGCGGCCACUUUGCUGUUAGGGGUAGGAUGUGGUGAAAGGAUGGGGCUUCUCCCUCCCCAAGCUCACAAUGGCCAGAGAAGAUUCCGUGAAGUGCCUUCGCUGCCUGCUGUACGCGCUGAAUCUGCUCUUUUGGCUAAUGUCAAUCAGUGUGCUGGCAAUUUCAGCUUGGAUGAGGGACUACUUAAAUAAUGUUCUGACUUUAACUGCGGAAACAAGGGUAGAGGAGGCUGUCAUCCUGACUUACUUUCCUGUGGUUCAUCCGGUCAUGAUUGCUGUUUGCUGCUUCCUCAUCAUUGUGGGCAUGCUAGGAUAUUGUGGAACAGUGAAAAGAAAUCUAUUGCUUCUUGCAUGGUACUUUGGAAGUUUACUUGUCAUUUUCUGUGUAGAACUGGCUUGUGGAGUUUGGACAUAUGAGCAGGAAAUUGUGGUUCCAGUGCAGUGGUCAGACAUGGUCACUUUGAAAGCUAGAAUGACCAAUUAUGGUUUACCUAGAUACCGGUGGCUUACUCACGCUUGGAAUUUUUUUCAGAGAGAGUUUAAGUGCUGUGGAGUGGUAUAUUUCACCGACUGGUUGGAAAUGACAGAGAUGGACUGGCCCCCGGAUUCCUGCUGUGUUAGGGAAUUUCCAGGAUGUUCCAAACAGGCCCACCAGGAAGAUCUCAGUGACCUUUACCAAGAGGGAUGUGGAAAGAAGAUGUAUUCCUUUUUGAGAGGAACCAAACAACUGCAGGUGCUAAGGUUUCUGGGGAUUUCCAUUGGCGUGACACAGAUCCUCGCAAUGAUUCUCACCAUCACUCUGCUGUGGGCUCUCUAUUAUGAUCGACGGGAGCCAGGGACGGAACAAAUGAUGUCCCUGAAGAAUGACACCACUCAACACCUGUCAUGUCACUCAGUAGAACUGCUGAAACCAAGCCUGUCGAGGAUCUUUGAACAUACACCUGUGGCCAACAGCUUUAACACACACUUUGAGAUGGAAGAAUUAUAGAGGAUAUCCAAAAAAUGAAACUACACUUUUAUUUUAUUGAACUUGUGAAUUUUUGAGUCCACAUUUAUCUGUUUCAACAAUGUCUAGAUGCCAUAAAGGAUACCUAGGCAUCUACUUUCCUACCUUUUAAAAUGAAGAGGGAGAAGUUUCAUAUGAUAACACAUCACUUGAACAAUAGUUACUGGCUUUUAUAAUGCUGAAGACAGAUCUAAUACCCACUUUAUAGCAUGUGUAAGAUUUUUACGGAGCACAAUUAUGCUUUGACAUUUAUGCUUUGACAUAGUUUGACCAACACUUCUCCAUCAUGUGUGAGGCAUGCUAUAGUGGAAUUGGAGCUACAGUAAAGUUUGAUUUAUUUCCAUAAGCUUCUUAGUAUAUAAAAUACUAACUGCUAACAUAGGGAGUUAGGCAGUACUAAUGACUUUUAUUACUUGGUGAUAUCUUCUUCUGAUGUGGUGGAUAUAAUACACAUAAGAAAACUCUGAAGAUAGGCUACCUAAGUGUGGUUAUUGUUGGUGACUAAACUAUUCUUACUACUUCCAAGAACAAACUAAUACAUUGUCUUAAACUGAUCAGGGAUUUAUGUGUAUAAAGAGUCUGUGUUAAGUCUGUAUAAUUCAGUAGAUUUCAGUUCUUAUAAUGUUAAGAAUAAUAGUUAUGAAAAAGAUAAAUUUGUCCUAUAUAGCACCAUUAUUUUUAACCUUUCCUGCUAAUAGAGCUUUAAAAUUCUGACUUGGGUUUGUAUUACAUACAUAAUUGUUAAUUUAAAUACUUAACCACUAAUUUGGAAAACUACCAGUGUGAUACAAAGGAGUCAUUAUAAUUCAAAUUGCCUUGUAGUCUCCAGAAAGUAUUAACAAUUGAGUUUACAUGUAAGUUAGUUCUUUUUUUUUUUUUUGCUUUAUUUCACUGAUUAAGAUGUUGUGGUGAA